AUGAAUAACAGCAACUCAAAUAUUGUUUUCAAUCCAUUAAUAAGUGGAAUACAGAAGGUCGUUUUAUAUGAAACAAAAACCCUCAUGUAUUUGGUGGGUAGUAACAAUAGGGAGACACGUUUUCGCGUCUUAAUCAUAGAUCGCACUCUCGAACCUGAAGACGGUAGCCGGCUGCAUAUUAUUGAAGACCCAAAUGAAUAUAAUGCUUUAGGAAUACGACGAUUCUUGAGCUCUUUGGGUUCGCCAAAAGUUACUUCGGCCUAUGGGGUUUUGGGCUUUGUAAGAUUCCUGGAGGGCUACUAUUUACUCUUGGUAACCAAACGCAAGUGUUGCGCUCAUUUGGGUAUGCAUUUAAUCUACACCAUCAAGGACACAGUGAUGGUCAAAGUAAAUGAGCCUACUGCACCUCAUUCGUAUGAAGAGCGCUACAAAAGGAUGUUUCAGAACAUCGACUUGCGAAGUAAUUUUUAUUUUUCGUAUUCGUACGACUUGACGCGGACUCUUCAAUAUAAUUCCUCGGCGCCACGCUAUGUAGGGCCGGGAGUAAAUAUUGAAAUUGAAGAACCUAUACCAGACUGGGAUAAAUUAACUAACAAUGUUCAGCAGGCGAACGGACGGGUUGAUUAUGCUUUUCGUAGUUGUUCACGUAAGAGAUUUGUGUGGAACGCUUUUCUCUUGGAACCCAUGAAAGACAUCGUACAUAAGGAUUGGCUUUUGGAGGUUACUCAUGGCUAUGUUAGUCAAUCGUGCGUUAGUGUAUUUGGACGGCGUAUAAAUGUUUGUUUGAUUGCUCGUCGCAGCACAAGAUUUGCAGGCACUCGAUUCUUGAAAAGAGGUGCUAAUUUCCGAGGCGAUGUGGCGAAUGAAGUAGAGACGGAACAAAUAGUUAGUAGUGAUCAUGAUAUGUGUUCAUUUACUCAAAUGCGAGGAUCAGUGCCGUCACACUGGUCGCAGGACAUAAGCAAAAUGGUACCCAAACCACCUAUACAGUUAGAUAUUACUGACCCUUUUGCUCAGACGUCGGCUCGCCACUUUGAACGUUUACUUUUCCAUUAUGGCUCACCAUUAAUUAUGCUGAACUUGGUCAAAAAACGAGAAAAAAGACAACAUGAGUCUAUACUUUCGAAAGAAUUAGUUAACAGCAUACGUUAUUUAAAUCAAUUUCUUCCACCUCCGCAUCGUAUGAAAUAUAUACACUUUGAUAUGGCGCGUAAAAGUCGUGGUGGUGACAAUGUUAUGGAAAUGUUGGCUGAAAUAGCGGAGAGCGUACUUCAACAAACUGGAAUGUUUCUUAAAGCACGUGGCUUACCUCUAACCUUUCAAACUGGUAUUGUACGAACGAAUUGCGUGGAUUGUCUGGAUCGUACGAAUACCGCUCAAUUUGCCAUAGGCAAGUGUGCUUUAGGUCAUCAGCUAGAACGUUUGGGCUUUCUCAAAUCAGCUAAACUAGAAUUCGAUUCUGAGUGUGUUACUAUGUUGGAAAAUUUGUACGAAGAACACGGUGACACUUUGGCUUUGCAGUAUGGUGGUUCUCAGCUUGUACAUCGUAUUAAGACGUAUCGAAAGACUGCAGCUUGGGCGUCUCAGGGAAAUGAUAUCAUGCAGACUUUGAGCCGUUAUUAUAGCAAUACUUUCAAUGAUACCGAAAAACAGCACAGCAUUAAUUUAUUUUUAGGCUAUUACAUGCCCAGCAAGGGCCAUAACAUGGAAAAUCAACCCAUUUGGGAACAACAAACAGAUUAUUACAUGCAUAACGUGUAUCAGCCUUCUUCAUUAACCGAAGAAACUCGUCCCAUUACUGACUGGGUAAGGAGUAAAAUACGCAAAUGCUUGCCACACUCUUGUUCAGAUUUGAACAAAAUUGUUAAUAAUUUAAUUGAAGUGGUUAGUAAAGAUUUCGAAAUGAUUGAUGGCUAUUCAAAUUACUAUCAGUCCUUCAAAUGGACUGAUUUUGGCGAGCAUAUUUCAUAUGAAUUGGCGAGCCGUUCUAUACCCACAUGCCGUUCACCGUUUCAACGGCAAAUACAAGAAGGGAAGGCACGUAAAAAUCCCUCAUUAACUGGACAAAGUUCUACCAGUUCUACCAAUAGCAACGAAUCGAGUUCAUCAGAAGGUGAUGAUUCCUCUACAGAUGAAGAUUUAAGCGCCAGUUUAAUGUUAAAAGAACAACAACAGAAGAAACUACAACAUGUAACGAUAAAUCCGAGAACGCUAGAGCAAUUGUUACCGCCCAUGAACGAGGUGUAUGGGUGUAAAGUGAGUAAUCCUCCGAAAGACAGCAUGAGCAUUUACAAGCGUUACGCACAAAUCGGAAAAUUAUCAACAUUGACGACCACAGCGGCAUUACUGGGGGCUUCGGCCAAUUCAAAUGCACAAUUGAGUCGACCUCGUCCUACCGUGAAUGCCGGGGCAAUAAUCAAUUUAAAACCUCUUAGUGAUUACGGUACAGAUUCGUACUUAUCGGUUAAGCCACCAGUUGUUAGCGAAAAAAGCUUACGUAUUUAUGCCGAUUACUGUAUAAUACCGCGCAAUUUUAAUGCUGUGCCGAAAUUUGAUGAAUUCAAUCAACUUCAUCGUUACAUUUUAAUGCUCUAAAGCAGAACCAAUAAAUUAAAUAAAAAUGACUAAAA